AUGCCAAACGAGUCUAAUGCGGCACCAAAUCCGGUUCGAGACAUCGAAAAAGUUCAGAAGUUCGCAGUAGGAACUGACUUCGAGGCGUAUGCAGAACAGCUUGAAUUCUUUUUGGUGGUCAGUGGAGUGACCGAAUCAAAAGAGAAGAAAGCCGUCCUGUUAACUAAUCUUCCCAAUGAAAAGUACCAGCUGGCGAAAGAUUUAAUGGUGCCGAUAUUGUUAAGAGAGGAUUCUCUCACGUACGACACGAACGUAGAGGGUCUCCAAAAGCAAUUGAAGCCUUAGAAAUCUGCUCUAGUCGCUAGGUAUGAGUUUGACAACCCAGCGCGUAACGCAGGAGGAACGGUGUGAGUCAGUAUGUUGUUGUUUUAAAGCAUCUAGCUACGAAUUGUAAGUUUAAUGAUGCCAUGCGAUUGGAAAGGUACAGAUAGAUUGAUGUCGAGUAUUCGAGAUAAGAGAAUGAUGUCAGAGCUUUUGAAACUGAAAAUCGAGAAACUGGCAUUUGACAUUGCUGUAGCGAAAUACAUCGCUAGUGAGCAAUCUUACAAGGAUGUUGAAGCUCUACAGGGAGUAAAGAGUCAAACCCAGUCUAUCUGUUAUCCAAGUCAAGACCAAGCAAGAAGCCUAAACCUUCAGAAAGCCUUCAUAAAAGGGUUCCCCAUCCCAUAAAGAGUCGGGCAAUCAAAGUUCCUACCGCUGUUUGGGAAAUCAUGAUCAUAAACGUUGUCCGUUCAAAAAGGAAACAUGUCACCACUGUAACAAGACCGGUCAUUUUGUAAGGCUUGUAAAUCCAAGAAUAGGGAGAGACAAGCUGCCCGACCCCCAGUAAAUUAUGUGGACAGUGAUGACUACCCUUGAGGUUAAUAACGUGAGUGACAAAGAUCAUACGAUGUGCGUCAGCUCUACACUGGGCAAAUAAUCACACCUAAGGAAGAGUUGAAGUGUAAUGUUAAGUUUAAGGGCCAAGAAAAGGAAUUAACCCUACAAGUGGUUGAGACACCAGGGCCAGCAUUGUUUGGGCGUGACUGGCCUUCCAAAAUUCAGCUGGACUGGGGUGAAAUCAAAGCCCUUAAGCUUAGCCAGAUACUGGACAGGGUCAUGCAACAUAAAGAGGAUCAGUUGUUGCAGUAG